CAGCAGCAGCAGCAGCUCAGCCCGGCUGACACUACUCCCUCUCUCCUCAUGGCGCCCACAGCCACAGCCAGUGUCAUUGUCGGCAAUGGCCGCAGUCUGCGCUACGACACCAACUCCGGCAUCCUACAGAUAGUGGGAAACGGCAACAAAAUCCGAGUGCGCAGCAACUCUGGCUGCAUCCAGGUCACAGGCAACGACAGUCGCGUGCUGGUGGAGCAGAACGGAGGCAGCGUCUGCUACACGGGCAACGGCGGCAAGGUGCGCGUCGUGGCCACGGUAGGCGGGGGCUGCGUCACCUACACAGGGAGCGGGGGCCGCGUCAAGGCUCCCGUCGCCACCCCCGCCCCCGAAUCAUUUGAGGACAGGGUGUCACAGGAUAUUGAGGGUGGAGUGGGGCGAGAUUUUGCUCAACUUCUCUUAGUUUUCGUACCUGGAACUGAUAGAGUUGAAGCUGAUGCAGAUAUUUCUGAUGCAUCCAUAUCUGCAGAAUUGUUGUUGGUGCUGGUCUGGUUGUUGCUGGUGUAA